GGCGGCCGGGAGUGCGCGGGAGGCGGGCCGGGCGCGGGCCCCGAGGGCGGCCGGGGACGUGGCAGCGCCGCCCCGCCGGAAAGUUCCCCGAGUUGGCUGCGCGGCGCGGGCCGGCUGCGCCAUGAACGUGUUCCGCAUCCUCGGCGACCUGAGCCACCUCCUGGCCAUGAUGCUGCUGCUGGGGAAGAUCUGGAGGUCCAAGAGCUGCGCGGGCAUCUCUGGGAAGAGCCAGAUCCUCUUCGCUCUCGUCUUCACUACCAGGUACCUGGACCUGUUCACCAACUUCAUCUCCGUCUACAACACAGUCAUGAAGCUGGUUUUCCUCCUCUGCGCCUAUGUCACAGUGUACAUGAUCUAUGGAAAAUUUCGGAAAACGUUUGACAGUGAGAAUGACACGUUCCGCCUGGAGUUCCUUCUGGUCCCAGUCAUUGGCCUCUCCUUCCUCGAGAACUAUAGUUUCACUCCCCUGGAGAUCCUCUGGACUUUCUCCAUCUACCUGGAAUCGGUGGCCAUCCUGCCCCAGCUCUUCAUGAUCAGCAAGACUGGUGAGGCCGAGACCAUCACUACCCACUACCUGUUCUUUCUGGGCCUGUACCGGGCACUCUACCUGGCUAACUGGAUCAGGCGGUACCAGACUGAGAAUUUCUAUGACCAAAUUGCAGUGGUGUCUGGAGUGGUACAAACCAUCUUCUACUGCGACUUCUUCUACUUGUAUGUGACCAAAGACCGAUGCACACUCCCUCCUCCUUUGGGAAACCGCUGCAGCCGAUCCCGUCUCUUUGCCUUUUAUUUUUGGCGGCCUCCUUUCGAAAACUCCGCCUUCUGACACGGGACCACUGGAGCGCGGGGAGCAUGCAUCAAGGGUCCGUGGCAGUGAGAAGUCCCCACACACGCUCGCUCUGUGAACUGGCUUAGAUGCUUCUCUGUAGCCCCAUUUGGUUGCCAAGCGCCGGAGAACCUGGGUUCGGGUAAAAAUUUCAGGUCCUCCAACGCCUCCCCCAAGGAUAAUUGGGGUGAUUGUAGAAAAAAUAAUUAAUAAAAAAAAAUGUAAGUUACAUCCAAAGGGUCAGACUGCAUCUAUUGCCCAGACUGAAUUUCAGGGGGGAAGGGGUAAAGAUUAAAAAAAAAUAAAAUCAGCUAUUGUUAAAGGGCCUGCGAAGAAAGGGGCAUUAUGUCUGUUUCUUAUUACAAUAAAGGCUCCUCAGUCUUUACUGACCCCUAAAGUCCUGAAAUCACACCAGAAAGACGAGAAGGCAGUCAUCACAGGGGGCAGCGUGAGUCUCCGGCUAGGGUCGUUGAUGCAAUAAAGGAAAAACAAAAAUUUACAGGGCCAGGAUGGAUGUGAGGUGGGGAUGGGAAAUUAGCUCCAUGAUCACAUCUUCAGAGAUAGGAUAAUGCUCCUUAGUCAGUCCCAUGUGUAUGACCAUGGGCAGCAGAGCAAGCGGAACUACUGCACUGAUGUCCAGACGUGUGCUUUCCUAGCAGAAAGCACUGGGGACUGAAGUCAGCGGUUCAGAUACUAAUACUUGGGAGUUUCUGGAGGGGUUCAUAGGGGGCAGACAUGGUGCAAGUUCUUCAUACUAGAAAGGUGUCCUCUACGUGCACAGAGCUGGCUGAGGACACGUAAGAGCAAGCGCAGACUUUGAUUUUCUCCAGUCAAGCCUGCCCUGAUGUUAUUUGUGCACGGCCACAAUAUUAUCUUGCUGCCUUUAGAGAAGAUGCUGUAGCAGGGUGAGAAAUUGAAAAGUUAAUGUUUGGCCAACUGCCUAGGGUAACAGCUUUUUGUUUGCCACGCCCUGUAACAUGGCCUGAAUCUCCAAUCACUAAUGGGGUGGGACAGACUAGCCAACAGGCUCAUCUAGAGCUGCUUCGGGCCAAUGUAGAUUUGCCUCAGCCAUGUACUGAGUGAUCUGCAGCUGAUAUCAAAGCUUCUGUUAAAAAACAAAACAAAAUAAAUUCAAUACUUUUAGCUUAACAGCAUGUAGUUUAAACAAAAAAAAAUGGAAAAAUCAAAAAUAUCUCAGUGGAAAGGGAGUAAUAAAUAGUGAUUUCCUAAGGAUAUUAUAACAUUAUGGGAAUCAAAGAACUUACCUGAAGG